AUGGACGUCAACAACAUUGACCCCUCCAUGCUGGAGCACAUACCAGCCAUAGCGCCACCGCCGGGAACUGUCUCAAACUUCGUCAACCCACCAUCGCUCGACAGUCAGCCGCGAAUAGUCAUGUAUGUUAUGUUGCCUUUAACGAUCGUACCUCUGUUCCUGCGUCUAUACACUCGAGCGAGGAUCCAGCGCUCGUGGGGAGCAGAUGACUACCUCGUCAUCGUCUCAAUGAUCUGUGUUCUCGCUUUCUGCGGCAUAUUUCUAGACCUUCUCGAGGGUCCAUUCGGAGAACAUACAUGGGACGUUCCAGUAAGCCGUCUGACCGAGGAUUAUGCGAAGGGAAACCUCGCUUCCCAAUGCCUCUACGCCCUUUCGGCCAUCUUCGUCAAAGUAACCCUGCUCGUCUUCUACCUUCGAGUUUUCCACCCGGUCCACCACACGAGGGUUAUGAUAUGGGUAGGAAUCAUAUUCACAGCCGUUUUCUACGUCGCCUGCUCCAUCGCCACGAUCGUACUAUAUGUCCCACCGAAGGGGCAGAAGAACGGAUGGACUUCAACAAAGCCGGAGUCCGUGACAACAGCUCUUCUUCUGGUUCCAUCAAUCCAGGGUGUUGUCGGCGUGAUUAUCGACUUCUACAUCUUGGUCAUUCCUAUGCACCUCGUCAUGGGUCUUCAUUUGCCUCUUGGCCGCAAGCUGAGCGUCUGUGGUAUCUUCUUCACCGGUUUCAUGUAG